CGGUUAUAUUCUGCAUGACGCUGUGGACUCGCGGCCGAGUGGAAUAUUAAACUGGGGUCCAUCGUAUCUUUCUUCCGACCUGGACGGCGUUCGCAUACCUCUGUCUAGGCUAGUCGAGGCUCAGACGAAAUUGUGGAGUAUGAUCUGCAACGUUCGUAUAUCCACUGAGCGACAGCUGGCCUUUUUCUAUUUUUGUUUCUUCACGGAGGCUAUGUUCGAUCGUCCAGAUCAGGUAACUGUUGUUUUUCUCUCUGUUCCAUGCGCUUUUGUUUUACUACCGGAAUUAUGCUUGGUUUGGGUGGGGGGAACGAAGAAGAUCUGGGAUCCCUCGAUUGAUGUGGGGGGGGUCGGUGUAUGUAUCUUAAUACCAUGUAUAUCCAUCCACUGAAGAAUGAUUAAUGCGGGUGCUUUGACGAUUUCAAAUCCCGUGGGGAGAC